CUGCCCGGCAAGUCCUGUGGCACUGGCAGAAGCGUCGGCAAUGGCAUUUGCACUUUGUGCAGCAGCAGGCUUGAAACAAUCGGGGGAGCGCUGGGCGAGCGACUUGAGCAUUCUUGCAAAAUCCCCCGUUUAAGGUUGUUGCUUGAAGGAGUGUUGGUUUUGCUAGAGGAACGUUGGCUGCAUGUAUCCCUUGCCUAGAGAGCUGCUCCUUUUAAAAAUGCACGCGGAUUUAAAGAGGCGCCCGUGCCUAGCAGUGAUUUGCGUGGCUGAGAGUUUAAUGUUAGAAGCAAGUGGCGGUUUCUUUGCUUUAAACAUCUCAAGGGGUGAGGCGGUCAGGAUGGUGGCUCUGAAAAAUAUCAGGAUAUUUGGCAAUAACAAUCUCGUGAGUGAAUUGAUUCAGACGGAGCAGAAGAGGAAUUGAGGGUGGGGGUGGAGAAGUGAGGCCCCCCCUGGCCUCAAGAAGUGUUGUGGGUUCAUUUAAUUUUGGCUAGGGGGGCUGUUCUCGUGUGAAGACUCCCACCGGAAAUGCAGGGAAUACCUGGACAUGUAUUUAUAGCCCAGAGCGGUGUACAUCGUUAUUCUUAUCUGCACAACAACCCUGUGAGACCUGGAAGUAAUGAAGCCUUUAAUAGAAGAACAGAAUUCAGAUGAUGAAAAUGAAUUGUUGCCAGAGAAUAGAAAUGAAUUGCUGCCAGGUGAAAAGAAAUAUCAGCAUGAUGAUCAAGACGGCAUUACGUUUAUACAAACACUCACUCAUCUUCUCAAAGGAAACAUCGGAACUGGGCUCCUAGGGCUUCCACUUGCAAUAAAAAACGCAGGCAUUGUGGUUGGACCAGUCAGCCUUGUGUUCCUUGGCAUUGUGUCCAUUCACUGCAUGCACAUUUUGGUACGAUCCAGCCAGUACCUAUCUCAAAGAUUGAAAAAGUCUUGCUUAGGGUAUAGUGACACGGUUAGCUGUGCGAUGGAAGUAGGCCCCUUUAACUCAUUGCAGAAACGUGCAUCUUGGGGAAGGUGUAUUGUCAACUUCUUCCUUGUGAUUACCCAGCUGGGCUUCUGCAGUGUUUAUUUUGUAUUCUUAGCAGAAAAUGUGAAACAAGUUUAUGAAGGAUAUUUUGAGAACAAUGUUGAUGUUGUCAACGACACAGGAACCAGUGGUGCUUCUGGCAAAAGGACCUUUGAUCUGCGGCUAUAUAUGCUCUGCUUCCUUCCUCUUAUUAUCCUCUUGGUCUUCAUCCGUGACCUUAAGAGCCUGGCUGUGCUUUCGUUCUUUGCAAACAUAUGCAUGAUCAUCAGCCUGGUGAUAAUUUACCAAUAUGUUGCUCAAGAUUUGUCGCAUCCUAAGAAACUGCCUGCAGUGGCUGGCUGGAAGAAAUAUCCUCUCUUUUUUGGCACAGCUGUGUUUGCUUUUGAAGGCAUAGGAGUGGUGCUACCCCUCCAGAACCGGAUGAAAGAAACCAACCGCUUUCCGCUGGCACUCAACAUUGGCAUGGGAAUUGUGAUGACCUUGUAUGUCUCGCUGGCCACCCUGGGGUAUAUGCGCUUUGGAGAUGAAAUUAAAGGCAGCAUCACUCUCAACCUGCCACAAGACAAAUGGUUGUACCAGUUUGUCAAGCUUCUAUAUUCCUUUGGGAUUUAUGUGACCUAUUCGAUUCAGUUCUACGUUCCAGCAGAUAUCAUCAUUCCUGAUCUUGUCUCCAGAGUGCAUCAGAAAUUGCAACUUGGCUGUGAACUAGUAGCGAGGACGCUCUUGGUCUGCUCCACCUGCAAACUUCAUUACUUGUGGGAGUUCUGUACCUUGCCUACAACCAUGAAUAACAAGAAAUUGUGCCUAUGGAAAACAGGGGGUGCUCUUGCUGUUUUGAUCCCUCGGCUGGACAUCGUCAUCUCCUUCGUAGGAGCCGUAAGCAGCAGCACUUUGGCCUUAAUCUUGCCACCGUUGGUUGAAAUGCUCACUUUUUACAAGGAGAAACAAAGUCUAUGGGUGAUCCUGAAAGACAUAUUUAUAGCCUCUAUUGGAGUGAUCGGUUUUAUAACUGGCACAUAUGCAACUGUUGUAGAGAUCAUUUACCCUGUUUCCAUUGGUUUUGUUAAUGCUACGAAGGUUUUGACAGACAGUUCAAAUGCCUCGUACUUGGCUACAGGUUUCAAUAAUGUUGGAAGAUUGUGACUCGCUUGAAUUCCUUAUUAUGGAUGUAUUUGAAAACCAAAGAUGAUGAUGUUCUGAAUGUGAAGGUUGGAGAUGAAACUCUAUCAGAUGUUCUUCUGAAAACUCAAAGCAACUUCUGUCCAACAUGCAAGUCUUUCACACCAGGAUUCCUCUCCUCCUUCCUUUCCAUUCCACACCCAUCUAGUGAAGAACAUUCUUUCAAAGCAUCAUGAUAUUUUGUAUAUUUUAUUUGCAAAUGGGAUCAAAAAGUGUUCACUGAAAGACCCAAAAUGCUACCCAACAAGCAUUUGGCCAAAACCAAACCAUGGUGGUUGUCUCCAUCAAGUUUUUGGUUCAUGUCUUGCGUGGCCCCUGUCUACCAAGAACCUCUCCAGUGCAAGCCCCAUAGAAAUUUUGGCACAACUCUGCAAGUAUGCAGAUGUUCUUUUAUACAAAUCCUAUUGCAUUUUCAUGGGCUUACACAGGAGUAGCUCAUAAGGGAUUGUACUUCCAAGCAUCUGGGUUUUGAGCUAGCUUACUUCUCUCUUCAUUUCCUUCCCGAGAAGGGUAGUCAUUCCUAACAUGAAAUGGAUCUAAACUAACAGCUUCCAUAUCAGACAGUAACUACAGAGAGACUAAAUGUCUAAACAAUUCUUCUGAAUGACUUAGAGCAUGCCUUGGGAUUACUUCUUUGUUACUGCCACUUGUUUACAUGUAAAGAACGCCCCCUACCCCCGACAAAACCUUUGCUAUGAUGGGAUUUUGCACACAUGAUAUCUGCAUGAUAUCUUUCUAAACUAUGAUCAACCACAGUUUUUCUAUAGGCUAUAUUCCUUCCACAGUACUUAAUUCCAAAUGUACAAAUUUGCAAAAUGCUGUAUUUUUCUAUUUAUUCUGAACUCUAGAGCAACUCUAUAUUUGUAUUUUAGCACCAUUUAUUACAGAGGAGAUUUCUGCAGUGUUCCUUCUUAUAAGGAGCAAAGACACACAAUACCAUGCACUUUUCUUUUAAGGAAACAAAUUUUGAUAGAUCAUAGAUGUUGGGAUCAGCUGUUGAAACCUGUUGAAAUCAGUUUGACUUCUCACAUCUGUUGAUGGGCUCUUGACACAGGGUUGCACUCAUUCCUUCAAAAAGCCUCCUGUCAUAAUUCUGUAAGCAUGGAAAACUCAUGCAUGAAGAUCUGUGUUUGUUAUUUUUGUUUUUUGGUGGUUGUUUUUUUGGUCACAGUCCUCCAAGAAGGUCUCCUAUGCAAGUUCCAUUGAAAUGAAUGGAAGCUGACAUAGUGCACAGGAGAACUUCCUAGUAGUUUUUGCCCUUUCUUUCAAAUGUUGUGGGGUCUGCAUUGCAUACCAUCUGUCUGUCUUUGUGCUGUCUUCAGCAGAUGUGGUGCUGGGCACAUAUUUCAUCUGGCACCAAGGUAUAGUUCACAUACUAUCCUGGAGAUGGAGUCAUAGCCCCCUUCCCUCACCCUCAAAGCAAAGUGGGGGCAUGCUCCUGGUGUACAUAGGUCUGAUUCACAUAAUCCUUCCCCCUCCAAAAAAAAUGGGGCAAUGCACGAUCAGGUUUUUGUGGGGGUGUGGAAGUGAUGUGGUGGGGUGCUAUUGCGCCCUUCCCAUUUAACUUGUGGCCAGGACUCCUCAUUUUCUGAGUGUGUGUACUGGCCCCCAGGCCUUCUGAACUGCAUCCAUCGCUGAAGUCAAACUCAGUGUGCACUUUAAUGGAAUAAGCCUACUUAGAAAUAACACUAGCACUUGCUUAUUCCCAAUAUAUGUACCACUACACAAUGAAAACAUGAAGCAUAACUUCAGCUUCUCGACGCUUCUUCCUCUCCCCACUUCCCAAUGAUUUCUUCUUAAAUGAGGGCCAAACAAGAUGAAAGGGUGGCAGAUCCAUGUGUAUAAACUCGGUGUGGAGAUAAGGGAAGAAUCUUCUUUCAGAGCAAAAGAUCUGUGUCUCGAUGUCGCUUCUACUCUUCCUGUGCUCCAAAACCAGAAGUGAGCAGCUAGAAAGGCUGCAGGGAGGUAAGGAGCAGAUGGAGCAGGGUGGGGGGCGGGGAGUCCAUGCUCCUCACCCAUAUGCCUAUUUUGCUCCUUAAAUUGGCCCUCCCCCUUAUAUAUUGUGUGCAGCUACAGCAGAUUCAUGUUUAAAUAGACUGAUCUGAUGUCCCUGCAUCUAGUCUGGUCUGGAGCGCAAACACUUUGUAUAAAGAUAAUUGUUUAAUUUGUCUAGUAAACCCAACAGCGACUUUUAGUGUUCCCCUCCUUUUGGUUUUGGCAGCUCUCUUUGUUUCUUCAGAGGAUACAAAACUGCCAAAUCCACUCGGAUCAUCUGUUCCCUGUCCUGUGAAUUGCACGUGGAGGCCUCUGUGCAGAGUUUGUGCCAACAUGCUGAAGGAUUUGGGCAGCGAUGCUUAAAUGGCAGUAGUCUUUGGCCCACACAAACUGAUGGCAAGGCUGCAACUGUCCAAGUGAGGCCAUGCUGCCCAGAGUCAUGCUUGCUGAGUCCAUAAGUGCCUUUUGCAAAGCAAAAAGUGCUGGGCACCCAGCAUCUCCUCCUAAAGUGGGUGCAGACCACCACAUCCAACAUUCAUCUCACCAGGAACACUUGGACUCCAGUCCUUGGAAGCAUCCCAUCAAGGAAGCUCUGACAGGGAUUCAGAGACAUGCAGCCCUACAGUGAACCAUGAAUGGGUCUUAUCUGGCCAAUCCAUUACUCAACUGAGGAUUUGGCUUCCUUUUCCAUUCUCCACCUGAAUGUGAAGUACUCUCUUAAUUUUGAUUUAGCUCUUUUGAUGAUGUUAACAGGUGGGGCUUAACUCCAAACAGUGUGAUGUUUGCUCAGUGUGAACAUUUUGUAUUUAAAACAUUUGCACAGUAUGUUUUCCCAGUGUUUUCCUACUAUGUAGGGCCUUAUUACGUCUGAGGGGCUGGCUCAUGGCAUAGUUGCACAGGUGGAAUGCCUUCAUGGCACAGGCACUACUCUAGCAUAAAUGGUUUGUGAAUAGCUCCAAACAGCAUGGUUUGCCUAGCUUUAGUUGGUCUAAGAAAGUGAGGGGACAGAUUCUCUAGGAAAAGGCAUUCAAGGCUAGCAUGUGAUUUAAGAUCUCUGAAACUAGCAUGCACAGAAACAAGGUUUCAGGGAAGACUUGCCAAAGAUCUUGAAAUACAGCAAUCUCUCUCUCUCUCUCUCUCUCUCUC